AUGGACGAGUCAGACUGGUCCUCGCCUUGGCCACUGAAUCGCCAGGUUGGAGGUUCCGACCUGUUUAUGCCGGAUCUGCAUAACUAUUUGGAGGAUAUACCAAUGGAGAUGGAGAUGGAGGACGACUAUUCUGAGUUUGUUCGGAACCCCGCAGAAACCAUUGAUUUAUACCCUGGGAUCACACCAAGCUCUUUCCGUCACCCUUCAGUCUAUACUGCAUCAACCUCGACUGAGGUUUCCUCCCGCAGCGGGUCAGUCUUCUCAGGGGGAUCAAGUUUGAUCAGUGGUUCAACGAGACGGUCCAAUCGAUGGCCGCGCCCCUCCUCCUCCAUUCUGGGAGGCGAGACCAGGCCAACCAGUGUUGCAUCUGAGGUCUUUCAAGAUGACGACUUAUAUUCCCGUUUACUGUUAGGUCUCCCUUCUGCCGAGCAUAACCCCACGAUGAUCGCGCCUGAGAUUAUUUCAGAUAUUGAGAUAAUGGGCCGACGUCUUGAAGUCAUGGGCAGGAGCCUGUGCGAAAGCCCUAGAAUGUCUCUUACCCAGCUGCGGGGUCUCCAAAGUGGUCUUCGAGACUUGAACAGGCAAUUGGAUGAUCUCAUUCGAAUAACACCCGCCGUGGCACCGAGUCCAUCUUCCAUAUCGACUCGAUCCCAAAGAGAAUAUCGCUGCCAAUUAUGCGAGACCCGGGGAACCAAGUCGGCCUAUUUCAAGAACACGGGCAGCUUCAAAAGGCAUAUAAUAGACCAGCACUAUCCCCAGCAUGAAUAUCACUGCACCCAGGAAGGGUGUGCGAGGGUUUACCGCAGGCGGGACCGGUUGCGAAACCACGUUCUCACGGAGCAUAAACGACUUCCGCGAAAAGAGGAUUUGGACCAGAACACCAGUCAGCUUCCAUAUCCAGGAGCUUGUCCCCUCUGUAGCCGUACCUCCUCAACUUGGGAUAGGCUUUACCAGUGCCUUUUGGAUCACUGUUUACUACGGGCUCCUGAGGAGAAUGAGCCCAGAAGUAACCCCAGGGGCGAGCAUGGUGAUGGUGACAUUCAAUAUGAAGCGGAUGAGGGGUCCAAGUUGGAUAUGACCACUCCUUCGGGCACAGAUGAUAUGCCCCCACCGGCUCCAUCUCCUUGGGACUGGCAUGCUAUAUCCCCACCGUUUCCCUCGCAUGACAUGCUCGUUAGCCCUGAUUCCUAUGCACCUCAGGGUCCGAGCUUGCUUCGUCAUGAAAGAAGGGAUGGGCAAGCCAGCGAAGAGCUUACCUUGAUGAGCGAGUUAGAUUCGCCGGAGCCCAUGGAAACCCAAACUUCUGCGCUGGAAUACAACCCACCAUUGGUCACAGAACCGCUUGGGCCUGGCGACGCGGAUUCCAGCAAUAAAGAUUCAACCGGGCCCAACCAGAACCUAACAGACUCAAACACAAGCAAGUCAUCUCAACCUUCGGAUGAUGAGGAGCGGCGUUCGAUGCAAACCAACAUGACACAGCCCGACUGCGAAGACGAGUUCGACCUCGAUGCGGGCAUCGCGGAUUCCACGGACGAUGAGCAUAUUCGAAAUCCUGGCGCCUAUUACCGGAAGCUGGAUCUGCUGGAAGCAAAGACAGCAGAAAUCUGCGGGAUCAAGGAAAACCCCAAACAGCAAGAAGGCGACUGGAAAGAAUGUAGAGAGGGCUUGGAAAGGUGCAGAGAGGCGCUCUGCAACCUGAAGAGCGAGGGAUUCUGCGAUGAUGAAAUGUCUUUUCUGGUCGAAGACGAAUUUCGGCCGGAUAUUGCCGAAGUCGUCCGAAUAUCGAUGGUGCACAUCGACCAAGCACUGUUUCUGAUAUCGGCCCGCGAACAUCGGACAACGCUGGCGCCGCGGGGCAUUCCUGACAGGUCUCUUGAUGCUCACAUGCGGUGGAGUUUCAACGCGCCUUUUGGCCACUUGCUCCCGUCUUUGGCCUCGACACCGUCCGUGGCUGUGGAGCAGCUUCCCAUUUGGCAGUUCCUAACCACCACUUUGUCUGUGGGCCUCCUGUCCUUCUCGGGCUCCCAUGUGUGCCGAUUUGACGAGAACCUUUGGGGGGAGAAGAUGAAUGAAAUCCCCCUUGGGCAGGGAUACUCGUUAACUCCCCGAGAAUUGGCUUGUAUGAAAGAUUUUGUCGGCGGACCAGCCUGGGUUCUCGGAAAGCAUCACCCUGCACCGGCGCGGCAAGGGCUCAAAGUAUCGCUCACCGUCCGGGACCUUCAAGAGCUGUGGGGUCCUAUCUGGCUGAUGGGAGGCACGGAAGAUGAAGGCCUCUUUCUCCGGACGGAAACAGGAUACAUCGUCCCUCUUCCGCGACACCAUCAACCCGAUCCAUCCCUGGAGGAAAUUGAAUGUCAUUGGGCAAAGUCAUGUACUGGUUACGACACCGACAACCCUCUUCUGUUGAGAAGUUCAUCACGAAUCUUGAUCGGCACCGACUCUUUGACCACGGCUGGACUGACCGUCAAUCACGAAUGCCAGGCCCAAGUCAACUUCCUCCAAGCACGCAUCCGGCCGCAGCUGCAACCCUCCGGGGCAUACAAUGCCUACCAUACUCUCGAUGGAUGGGAUGCGACUCUGCAGGCGUCUAUCGGCAGCUACGUCCAAGCAGGCGGUGCGCUCAAAUGGAAGCGAAACCCAGCACGCAAAUGGAAAGCCUCCAUCAUUGAAAAAUGCAAGUACGGACAGCCCAAUCUACGGUCGCUACUCACAAGUCAUAUUGGGCUGGAACUAAGUGCAUGUACUGGCAACGCCCGCCGAGUGACACUUUGGGAUGCGCUCCGUCUAUCACAGACAAAGGCCGUGCCGUCGAACACCACAUCCCAAAAACCGGGGACAGUGACCUGUCAACACCGAGUUGCCGAUCCAGACUGCAUCAAAUCGUGUUGGACUCGACUUUUCUCCACUGAUGACAUCGAUUGCUCAAUCAACAUCCCACCAGAGGGCUCCCCGACAAGAAAGGAAUACAUUCGACGUCUCGUGCUCAAUGCAAUCAUCGCUCUCGAGGAUGCCGGAGUCGAUCACAAUGAUCACCUGCAAGCAUUUUGGCCGUUCACAGACAAUCCCCGCACUCACCGCAUAGAGGCUACAGCGCUGUGUACUCGAAUCUUGCUCAACCCGCCGUUUCGGUCGAACUGUACAGAAAAUCAUGAGUGCCACGUGACACAUUGGCCCAUGGAAAACGAGGCAGAGCAGCUGGUCCCUCGCGAUCAUUUUUUGCUGGGAGAAGCAGCCCUCACAGUGCAAAAGAUCAUCCCCGGAGAGAAGAAGAUGAUCAUUGCUACUGCCAGCGGGAAUGCAAUGGAGAACGGGUGGAUGAAGAUGAUGAAGCUGAAGAGGCGGAAGAUGUUCCAGGAGGACUUAGACUGCGACCUCUCGACCGGGUAUUAUGUUCCACUUUUAGUUCGUUGA